AUGGCCUCCAAAUGGAAAGCGUCAUAUGACGGUGGAAGAAAGUAUAAUAAAACAUGGGAAAGUAAGUUUAGCUGGCUAUCGAAAGCAUCGGAUGGAAGUGAGGAUGGGUUUUGUAAGCUGUGUCAUACGGCAAUGAAACCCAAGCAAUCCAAUUUAACGAAGCACGAGAAGAGUGAAAAGCAUUUGCUGCGCGUCAAAGCUUCAAGGUCGGUCAGGCCAAUUCAAGUCGUGCGGAACCCAACGAUCGCUGAGGAAGUGAAAACUGCAGAAAUCGAGCUAGCUGUGACAAUGGCAUGCCAUUCUUCAAUUCUAACCAUGGAUCAUCUCGGGGAGAUUAUCGCUCGUAAUGCGACAGGAAGUAGACUUGCGAACAUUAAGAUACAUCGUACGAAAUGCACAAAAAUUCUUACUAAUAUAGUAAGUCCCACGCUGAAAGAAGAAUUAAUUGCCGAUGUGAGUGGAAAGAAGUUUUCUUUAAUCGUCGAUGAGACUACUGACGUUUCCACAGCCAAACAGCUUUGUGUGAUCAUUCGGUAUUACAGCAAUGUCGAAAAGAAAAUCGUCACAGCCUUUGUGGACCUCGUCACAGUUGUCCAUGCAUGUGCUGAUGAUCUUUUCAACGCCAUCAGGGAUUGCCUUCGUGGGAUUAAUCUUGAGUUGGUGGACUGCAUUGGGUACGCUAGUGAUGGUGCUUCCGUGAUGGUCGGCGAACACAACUCAGUGUGGACUAGAAUUGCAGCCGUUGCCCCAAACUGCAUCAAAUUGACGUGUAUCUGCCAUUCGUUAGCGUUGUGCGUCCAACAUGCCUUUGAAAAGCUUCCAUCCAGUCUCGGAUUCCUUCUUGCAGAAAUUCCGAAGUGGUUUUCUAAAAGCACUAUACGAAGAGAAGCGUACAAAUCGCUGUAUGAAGUCAUGAGCCCGGAUGACGACCAACUACCGCCGUUCGAGAAGUAUUCCGCAACACGGUGGUUGGUGCGAGGAAAGUUGAUCUUCCGUGUUCUGACCAAUUGGAGCGAGUUGCAGGCUUAUUUUACCGUAGCCCAACCAGCAAGUAAACAGAAUGCCCGUUACAAGGCACGUAUGCUUCUUGACAUGCUCAAGGAUCCCAUUCUUUAUUUAUUUUUCCAGUUUGUGUCGCCUCUAGUCUCUGAAUUUGAACAAGUCAAUGCAUUUUUCCAAGCUACCGAUGCCGAUCCCGAAGAGAUGUUCACUGAAUUGAAUACACACCACUUGUCUUUGCGUGGAAGGGUUUUCAACCAAGAAAGAGAGCAACUCGCCAUUGAAAAUGUUGAUUUUGGUGGGAAGUUCCUGUUUGAAGCAAUGAAAUUUAUCUCUUCUCAACAGGACAAAGCUGUUGCUCAAGCUAAAGUUCUUGAAGUGAAGACACGAUGCCUAGAUUUUCUUUUGGAAGCCAUUACACAAGUCGAAAAGCGUCUACCUGCCACCAGCAACGUAUUCAAAGGUUUAAGCGCCCUUCAUCCACGAAAAGUGUUGAAUGUAGCAACAAGAGUCCCUGUGAGUCAGCUGCCCCUUCCUCACCUACGAUUUGAGAAAGUCAAUGAGAUCGAAGAGCAAUACCGAAAGAUCGUGCACCGUGACUGGAAAGAAGAUUCUAGCUUUGAUGGCACCAUACCAGAUACAAUGGUUGCGUUUUGGUCUCGUGUCGCCGACAUUCAAACUUCACUUGGAGACAAGCCAUUCAAGGAAUUAGCAACAUACGCCUUGAACUGCCUCACUACUCCCGUAAGCAAUGCUGUAGUGGAAAGGUCAUUUUCCUUGUUAGCAGCAAUCAAGACCAAGCAACGCAACAGGAUGAAACUAGAGUUGAUGAACGCGAUAAUUCGUAUUUGUUCAAAGCUUCAGUUUGGAGAGAAUUGCUGCAUGGACUUCAAGACCACCAGGUGA